GUGUGUUGGUCCUUAUGGGUGUGGUACCAUAAGUUCCUUCCUCGUCUCUUCAAUAGAGUAGUGCAGAUGUGUUCUAUCAGCCCACACAGGGGAUGGCCUUUCACACAGCAUCACUACCAACAGUAUCUCUGCACAUGUGGGUUGUGAGACAGCAGAGCUCCAGUGAAGAGAGUGUGUUAGCCUGAGUGAGCCCUGAGCCUACUGCAGGAGUUCUACACGCAUCCAAGUCUUGCCUUAUCCAGCCCAAUCCAGCCAUUUUCUGACACGCCAAGCCAAGCCGAAACCAGCACAGCCCGAUCAAGCUCUUCACAACCCAGCCAUGGAUUCCAUGUCCUCCCUGAGCUCCUCAACCUCCUGCCCCUACCUGUACCUCUGGAGUAGCAACAUCACCAACAACAGCAGUAGAAGCAGUAUUAGCAACAAUGUGAUCCUGGAGCACUACAACCACACAGGGCGCCUGCAGCACCGCGGGCCCCGCCAAGGUGGCCUGAGCUUGGGCGCGUCCCUCUCCCUCUUCAUCAGCAUCCUCAUCAUCCUGGAGAACCUGCUGGUCCUGGUGGCCGUGCUCUCCAGGAUCCGCAACAGCCACCGCUGGGUCUACGUGUGCAUCGCCAACAUCACCCUCAGUGACUUGCUGGCUGGGGCGGCCUACGUGGUCAACAUCUGCAUGUCUGGCAGCCAUACGUUCAGACUGAGCCCAGCUCUGUGGCUGUUCAGGGAAGGGGUGAUGUUUGUGACCUUGGCUGCCUCGAUCUUCAGCCUGCUGCUGAUAGCAGUGGAGCGCUACACCGCUAUGAUGAAGCCGCUGCACCAGAAGUCAGCCAGGAAGACAUGUCGUAUCUACGGCCUGGUGGCGCUGUGCUGGAUCCUGGCCUUCGCCAUCGGCUUCCUCCCCCUGCUGGGAUGGAACUGCGUGUGCAGCCUGGAGAGCUGCUCCACCCUGCUGCCGCUCUACUCCAAGAGCUACAUCUUCUUCUCUCUGCUCAUCUUCUCCCUCAUCCUGCUGGCCAUCGGUGUGCUCUACGGCGCCAUCUACUGCCACGUGCGCAGCAGCGCCAAGGUGGGAUCCCAGCGCAGCCGCAAGCGAUCCCUGGGGCUCCUGAAGACAGUAAUCUCCAUCGUGGGUGUGUUCAUCAUGUGCUGGGGCCCUCUGUUCGCCCUGCUGCUGCUGGACUUUUUCUGUGUGUCGCGGCAGUGUGCACCCCUCUUCAGUGCCGACUGGGUCAUUGCUCUGGCUGUGCUCAACUCUGCUCUGAACCCUGUCAUCUACGCCCUGGGUAGCACAGAGCUGAGGAAGGCCAUCGCGGGGCUGCUGUGCUGCUGCUGCCUCAGGGCAGGCCUCUGUCACCCUGAUGCCUUCGUGUCCAAGGAGACCAGCAGCACGGGGAGCACCAGGCAUAGUAGCCUGAGGAACAGUUUCAAUAAGGUCAGGAGUUUCAGUAUCAGCCCCCCGCCUGCACCCAAGGCCCCCAAGAAGAGCCGCCUCAGCUCCACCACCAGCUGCCUGUCUGUGUCGAGCAGUUAGACCACAAAGGGCUGCCUUGGGCAGACGUAGAUGCGAAAGAGAGCUCUCUUUGUGUGUGUGUGUGUGUGUGUGUGUGUGUGUGUGUGUGUGUGUGUGUGUGUGUGUGUGUGUGUGUGUGUGUGUGUGUGUGUGUGCGGGUCUGUGGGUGUGGGUCUGUGUGCGGGUGUUGGAAUUUAGAGAAAGCCCGCUAGCACAAGGCUAGCAUUUUUCAAAACAGGGUAGUAGAAAAUGUAUCUCAUUGGCACAACCAUGAUACAACUAUGAAGAUACAGCCUUGUUACAGCCUAGAUACAAGCAUGAUACAGCCAUGAAGAUACAGCCUUGAUGCAGCCUUGAUACCACCAUGAUACAACUAUGAAGAUACAGCCUUGAUGCAGCCUUGAUACCACCAUGAUACAACUAUGAAGAUACAGCCUUGAUGCAGCCUUGAUACCACCAUGAUACAACUAUGAAGAUACAGCCUUGAUGCAGCCUUGAUACCACCAUGAUAUAACUAUGAAGAUACAGCCUUAAUACAACCAUGAUGCAGCCAUGAUACAGCCAUGAUAUAACUUUAAAGAUACUGCCUUGAUACAACCAUGAUACAGCCUUGAUACAGCCUAGAUACAGCAUUGAUACAACUAUGAAGAUACAGCCUUGAUACAACCAAGAUACAGCCUUGAUACAACCAUGAUACAGCCUUGAUACAGCCUAGAUACAGCCUUGAUACAACUAUGAAGAUACAGCCUUGAUACAGCCAUAAUACAACCAUGAUACAGCUUUGAUACAAGGCUAACAGUUUUCUCUGUUAUUAGUUUUGUUCAUUUUUUUGCCUUGCCAUCAGAUCAGGACGUGGUACAUACUGAUAAAGUUUAUUUUAUGUUAUGCAUUACAAAAAACCUUUAAAGAGUUGUUCAAGAUUUCUUAUAGAAGAAGCAUUAUAGAAGCUUUAUUUUGUUUCACUGUUUGAGCCUCAAAACAGAUGACCUGUUUCUGUCAUUGAGGUCUAUAUGCUGUGUGCACUUUUUCAGUGCUUUACUAGAACUGAGAUUUAAAAAUAAAUUUUUGUUUUUA